AUGAGCACUCGAUACGAGCGACAGGAGAAGAUUGGUGAGGGGACAUAUGGUGUGGUGUACAGAGCUCGAGACACAGCUACGGGUGCCACUGUUGCAUUGAAGCGCAUUCGUCUUGAUACAGAAGAGGAAGGGGUGCCAUGCACUGCCAUUAGAGAGAUUUCACUACUGAAAGAACUUCGUCAUGCGAAUAUCGUGAAGCUGCUUGACGUGUGCCAUAGCGAGAGCCGCCUCACCCUCGUGUUUGAGUACAUGGAGCUGGACUUGAAGAAGUACAUGGAUCAGGAAGAGGGCAAUUUGGAUGCGGCCACCAUUCAAGACUUCAUGCGGGACCUUUUGAAUGGAGUGCGAUUUUGUCACGAUCGAAAUGUUUUGCACCGGGAUCUUAAGCCACCGAAUUUACUCAUUUCCCGUGAGAAGAGCCUCAAACUGGCAGACUUUGGUCUGGGACGUGCGUUUGGCAUUCCCGUGAAGAAGUUUACGCACGAGGUUGUGACGCUCUGGUAUCGCUCCCCGGAUGUACUGCUUGGCUCCACACAAUACGGAACUCCUGUGGACAUAUGGUCCGUCGGAUGCAUAUUUGCAGAGAUGGUCAUUGGCGCCCCGCUCUUUGCUGGGAAGAAUGACGCAGAUCAGUUGCUUCGCAUUUUUCGUUUUUUGGGGACACCAAACAAUCAGGUAUGGCCUUCCAUGAAUCAGUACCCCAAUUCCACUAACAUGUUGUCUAAGCCCGAGUUCCUGCAGAACCUCGCGGCGGAAUGCGAGACGCAGUUUCGCACGGUGCCAGCGUAUGCGAAGCUCGGCCCGGAGGGAAUUGAUCUUCUUCGCCGCUUGCUGAAGUACGAACCCAGCGAGCGUCUUACAGCCGCGCAGGCACUUGAGCAUCCGUACUUUUCCGUGGAGUUUUGA